GGGGAGGAGAGGGGGAGAGGGGGGCGGCGGAGGAGAGGCGGGCGCUAGGGAGGGGCGAGGGGAGCGCCAGCGAGCGGGAGAGGGAGCCGGGAAGGAAGAGGGAGAGGGCGAGGCGCGCCUGGCGGCCGGGUUGGCUGUGGCCGCACUGAGGCUCCUGCCAGUCCUCCCACCGACUACACCCCGGGAAGGAGGAGCUUCGGGCGCGCACAAGGCGUCAGAAUCCUCAAUUUCCAACUUAGCAUCUUGGCAGGACCUUUGCUAAGCCAAAAGCAGAGCCCCCCGGUGCAAAGAGAAAGCAGCAAGGAGGGGAGGGGGGGAAAAAAAGCCCAGCCCGAGAGGGAGAGGCGCGCAGAGGAGCGGGCGCGGCGGUCGCAGCCGGAGGCGCGCGGGAAGCCAGCGAGGAGGCGCCGCGGGCCGGAGCCAGGGAGCCCGGGCUCGAAGAGCGGAGGUCCAGGGCAGCCAGAGGCCAGGUGCCCGCCCGCUCGCCCUCGCAGGGCGCCGCCCGGCUCGUUGGCGGCUGCGGCGCGGCGCGCCCCAUGCCCGUGUGUGGCCAUGUCCUACCCGCAGGGCUACUUGUACCAGCCGUCCGCCUCGCUGGCGCUCUACUCGUGCCCGGCGUACAGCACCAGCGUCAUCUCGGGGCCCCGCACGGAUGAGCUCGGCCGCUCGUCCUCCGGCUCUGCGUUCUCGCCCUACGCCGGCUCCACCGCCUUCACGGCGCCCUCGCCGGGCUACAACUCGCACCUCCAGUACGGCGCCGACCCCGCGGCGGCCGCCGCCGCAGCCUUCUCCUCGUACGUGGGCUCACCCUAUGACCACACACCCGGCAUGGCGGGCUCCUUGGGGUACCACCCGUACGCGGCACCCCUGGGCUCAUACCCAUAUGGGGACCCCGCGUACCGGAAGAACGCCACCAGGGACGCUACGGCCACGCUCAAGGCCUGGCUCAACGAGCACCGCAAGAACCCCUACCCCACGAAGGGCGAGAAGAUCAUGCUGGCCAUCAUCACCAAGAUGACCCUCACCCAGGUGUCCACCUGGUUCGCUAACGCGCGCCGGCGCCUCAAGAAGGAGAACAAGAUGACGUGGACGCCGCGGAACCGCAGCGAGGACGAGGAGGAAGAGGAGAACAUUGACCUGGAAAAGAAUGACGAGGACGAGCCCCAGAAGCCCGAGGACAAGGGCGACCCCGAGGGCCCUGAAGCAGGCGGAGCAGAGCAAAAGGCGGCUUCGGGCUGUGAAAGGCUGCAGGGGCCGCCCACCCCCGCCGGCAAGGAGACUGAAGGCAGCCUCAGCGACUCGGAUUUUAAGGAGCCGCCUUCCGCCGCGGGAGAGCUGCCCCCGGGUCCCGGCGGGCCCUCGGUCAUCCACUCGCCGCCACCGCCGCCGCCGCCGCCGCCGGCGGUGCUCGCCAAGCCCAAACUGUGGUCUCUGGCCGAGAUCGCCACAUCCUCGGACAAAGUCAAGGACGGGGGCGGCGGGAGCGAGGGAUCUCCGUGCCCGCCGUGCCCCGGCCCCGUAGCGGGGCAAGCCCUGGGAGGGAGCCGCGCGUCGCCAGCCCCGACGCCUUCGCGCUCACCCUCGGCGCAAUGUCCUUUCCCUGGCGGGACGGUGCUGUCCCGGCCCCUGUACUACACUGCACCCUUCUAUCCCGGCUACACGAACUAUGGAUCCUUCGGACACCUUCAUGGCCACCCGGGGCCUGGCCCAGGCCCCACUACCGGCCCGGGCUCUCAUUUCAAUGGAUUAAACCAAACCGUGUUGAAUCGAGCGGACGCUUUGGCUAAAGACCCGAAAAUGUUGCGGAGCCAGUCUCAGCUAGACCUCUGCAAAGACUCUCCCUAUGAAUUGAAGAAAGGUAUGUCCGACAUUUAACGCGGGCUGCGUCGGUCCCGGACUUUCCUAAUUUAUUAAAAACAUGGCCUUGGCAGUUAUUUUUCCAUCAUCGAGAAAGAGAGAGACAGAGAGAAAAAUAGUAACUUAUCCUUCCUAUUCAAAAGUUUAUAGUUUACGGAGAUGGAUGACAUAAAAAUGUAAACGUCUCCACACACACACAAAAAUGUCUUAACCAACCGAAAAGAAAAAACAAAGAAAAGGAUUUGUAUUAAAUCUUAUUCUGUAUAUUUAAUGUAGCAUUUUUGUAUUUAAAUUGAUAAUUCAAUAUCUUUGAAGUAAAUUAUGAAAUCAAGACACCUGUACAGGCAUUUAAUGUUUUUUGUAAUAUAAAUAUAUACAUUUGUGUUUCCCUCAAAACUGUUUCAUAGUUUAAAAAAUACAAGUUUAAUUUAAUUUUUUACACCUAUUGAUUUUUUUUUCUGGGUAUGAGCUAAAGUAUUAUUGCAGAAAGGAAACAGGUUAUACUCUUAGAUUUAAAAAAGUAAAAGAAACUGCAGCCGCCUUUGUAAAAUGCAAAAUAUUUAAUUAAAAGAGAUUUUAACAUAAUCAGAGCCACUCAUUACUUUUUAGAACCUUCAAUAAACUGUCCAUUGCCUUGGUCAAAA